CUGACCCAAAAGGUGGCCUUUUUGGCUGCAUCAUGAGCUUCCUCUGAGCCGUCAGCCUCAGCCAUGAGCGAAAAGGGCUGCCAGCUCCUGGUGUCGCCAUGCACCCUGUGCCCGUCGCUAGGGAAGAUCAGAGGGCACAGGUGCCAAUCCAUCAAGGCACCCGCAGCUUCCCCCCACUGGGGCGGUCCCCGCUUCCCCAGCGCGGACAAAUCUACGACCGGGAAGCCGAGCGGCGGCCAAGUGGCCCUGCCGAGCCUGAGCCUCUGCAGGACGGUGUUGACAAAUGGUCAGCAUGACGCUAAGCUCUCAUCCCUGCACCGGCCUGCGGACACUGGCACGCAGACAGGUCGUGCCGUGUCAAGGCCUGUCAUUGAAGUUCUUGGACAUCCGGCUAGUUCUAACCUAACGGUGACCAGUAUUCCGUUGUCAAUCCAUCCAUACGAUGUCACAUCAAGACUGUCCCAUCAGCUUCCCCUUGACGCCAGGUCCUUGCUAUCAAGAGAAUCCCUGGCGUCCACCACCCUCAGUCUCUUCGAAACUCAGUCUGUGUUUAGUGGCAGGCACGACUGGCCGUCUGGCUACCGCGUGCUGCCCCCACUGGGAGAGACGCCAUGCUCCACCCAAGCCAACGAGGGCGGUGAGCAGCUCGGCCUCCCACCUGGCACGGCCAUGUCCGGCACGACGGCGUCGACCGCAUCAGCCUCCUUGCCCUCGUACCUUUUCACUGGGGAUUCCGGUAGCCCCAGACAGCAAAAGAAGAGAGCCCUUUCCACGUCACCUCUGUCCGAUGUCAUGGGGAUUGAUUUCAACUCCAUCAUACGCACCUCUCCUACUUCACUUGUGGCUUACAUUAAUGGCUCUCGAAGCUCGCCGGCCUCCCACCCAGCGCUCUCUCCUGUCCACUCCGAAGGCUAUGGCCACUUCCUGGGUGUGAAGGGGUCCUGCAUCUCCCAGCUGCAUCCCUACUCUGUCCCAAACGUUUCACAUAUUCUGGCCCCACCGGACAAGUCCGCUCACGUGAAGGUUCUCAAAGAGCGUCUGGAAGAUCAGGCUAAUAUGGUAUUGGAGAACCAUUGCUUUUCAGUUCCACAGGAAGUGGACAGGACUUCAGAGACUACUAGACAAGAACAAAGCAACAUUCUGCCACCUCUGCUGCUACAACCAACACAAUUGACUUCUCAAGAAGCGACCAUUCCUCAGGGACCACCGCCACCCUACCACUCCCACCAGCACAUCCACAACUUUCCUAGAAGUCGCCACAAGCUAAAGACUCAAGAUCGUCUCAACCAGGGUCUGCCCCGGCAUGGGCUAAGCUUUUUACCCCAGGUCACAAUGCUGGAGGAAGAAGAAGGCGAACUGGAGGACUACGGGGCCCGCUGCUGCAUGUGGAUGGACUGCAGCGCCGUCUACGACCAAAAGGACGAGCUCGUGAGGCAUAUAGAAAAGAUGCACGUGGACCAGAGGAAGGCUGAGGACUUCACAUGCUACUGGGCAGGCUGUUCUCGCAAUCUUAAACCCUUCAAUGCCCGUUACAAGCUUCUGAUCCACAUGAGGAUCCAUUCGGGAGAAAAGCCCAACAAGUGCACGUUCAAGGGCUGCAAGAAAGCCUUCUCCCGCCUGGAAAAUCUCAAGAUCCACCUGCGCAGCCACACCGGGGAGAAGCCGUACCUGUGCCAGCACCCGGGAUGCUUCAAGGCUUUCAGCAACUCCAGCGACCGAGCCAAGCACCAGCGCACCCACCUGGACACGAAGCCGUACGCGUGCCAAGUGGCGGGCUGUGCCAAGCGCUACACCGACCCCAGCUCCCUGAGGAAGCACGUCAAGUCCCAUUCCAAUGCCGAGAGACAGUUACGGAAGAAGAUGAAAUCCACAUUCGAUGUGACCCAGGACCCACUGACAGACUGUUUAACCAUCCACCAUCUGCACCCGAGCCUGUCUCCGUCAAACAACCUGAUAGCAUCCUCCAGAGCCUCUCCCCCUACGCAGCGACACGAGCCAUCCCACCAUCCCAGCUUGGCUCUGAUGCGCACCCGGCAAGACAAUCACAGGUAA